AUCAACAUUACUACGCGCGUUCUAUUCUACUUCCCGUCAGCUGACACUCACAGGAUUGUUGCAAACAUGUCGGGGAAAGAUCGCAUCAACGUUUUUCCUUCACGAAUGGCCAUGACCAUAAUGAAGGCCCGUCUCAAAGGGGCUCAGAAAGGCCAUAGCUUACUGAAGAAGAAGGCAGAUGCAUUGACACUAAGGUUUAGACUUAUUCUGAAAAGGAUAAUUGAGACAAAGACCACAAUGGGUGAAGUGAUGAAGGAGGCAGCUUUUUCUCUGGCCGAGGCCAAGUUUGCCACGGGAGAUUUUACACACAUGGUGCUACAGAACGUCAGCAAAGCACAGGUUAAAGUACGCUCCAAGAAGGACAAUGUGGCUGGUGUUUCUUUACCUGUAUUUGAGCAGUAUCAAGAUGGAACUGAUACAUAUGAAUUGACUGGCCUGUCAAGAGGUGGCCAACAGAUUGACAAGUUGAAGAAGAACUAUGCCAAGGCUGUAGAACUUCUGGUGGAGCUGGCUUCUUUACAAACCUCAUUUGUGACCUUGGAUGAGGUCAUCAAGAUUACAAAUAGAAGAGUCAAUGCCAUAGAGCAUGUGAUCAUUCCCAGGAUAGAAAAGACCUUGGCAUAUAUUACCACAGAGCUAGAUGAAAGAGAAAGGGAAGAAUUUUACAGACUAAAGAAGAUUCAAGAAAAGAAAAAGAUAUUGAAAGACCAAGCUGAGAAGAAAAAGAAGAAAUUGCAAGCUGAAGGCUUGAUGACUGACUCUCAACCAAAUUUGCUGGAUAACGAAGAAGAUACUGAUUUGUUAUUUACUGAUUAGCAAACAAUACUUGGCAGUUAACAAAGUUCAGCUGAAACAGAGUGUAAGAAAUAUUUAUGCGUAAUACGUAGUUUAUAAAUAACGGACCAGUGCACGGGUUAAAUACUACAUACCAUUUUCUAUGUUAUUCAUUAGUGAUGGUUCCCUAAAUUCAAGAUCUUUCGUGUGUCGAUAUUCUACACUGAGGACUUAAAAUUCCCGUCUGAUCUUCUAUUAAGACCAUGUUUACUAAGCAGUAUAAGCUAGACAUGCUCAAGGCGUUUUCCCACUGUAAAAAAUGUGUUUUCAGAAGCAUCUUUCUGCCAGGGAUGCUCAUUUUGAAUUAGCAAACAAUAUGACAUCCUGACAUGGAUUCAUUAGAUAUAAUUUUAUAUGUGUAUUGCAUUAUAAACCUGUCAACGAGAAGGGAUUAUUAAUAUUGUUGUUAUUAUUAAUAUAUAGAUAUGUUAAUUGACUAUGGAAACUGCCAAUGACAUUAUACCGAGUUGUAUUGGAAAUGUUGUCUUUGGUAACAAUCACAUCAUCUCUGGGUUUUGUGAUUUGUAGUGACGUUCCUGCUUGACGUCUUUAUUUGUUGAAAGUGCAAUAAUCGCGAAUCACCGUUAUGUCACAAGUGCAGUAAUAUUUUCAUUACAAGGGUGAGGGCAGCGUUAGCUUCGUAUCAAUAUACGUUAGAAAGUUGAGAAACUGUCUUCUUUAAAGAAGCGGUGUUGUCAGCGGUGGAUAUUUGUUUGAAAAAUAUUCAUGUAAAAGAAGCCGAAAAAUUCUCACUAAGAAUUUGUUAGCUUUUGUAGUUACAAAGAAGGAAUUGUAAAUAAAAUAGAUAAUUAAGAAAACGUGCAUGUUAUUCAGUCACUGAAACAGUACACGCACUGAGCCAGACAGAAAACGAUAGCAGCCGGUCUGUUUUAAGAUUCCAUUAUAUUAACGCGUGGGUGUGACAAAGCGAGACGACUAUAGU